AUGGACGCGCGCUCGGGCGAAACGGCAGCCAAGGUGCGAAAGGUUCGCAAAGGGACGCACAGUUGCAGGGAAUGUCGGCGCCGCAAAGUAAAAUGCAUCUUUGCUUCUGCCAAUGAUGAUGUCUGCAUCAUCUGCCGUCGUCGGGGUACAAAGUGCGUCAGUCAAGGAGAUGUCGGUUUUGGGAGACGGCUGGAGAGCCCAGGCCUGCCGCCGACGCCGGUGUCUGCUCGUUUAAUUCCCAUCACAGAGCCAGCCAUCCGCGCAAAUACGACGAAUGUCUUGCUCCAGGCGCUCCCGUGCCCUGAAGAUAUUGAGCUGUUGCUCGGAAAGACCUCGUCCCCGACGGAGAUGCUCAGGGAGCAAAUCUCGAUACCGAGCUUGCUUCAUCCUGAAUCGCACCCAGUCUUGCUGGGAAGACAGAUGCUUCUAUUCGCAGCGGCGUUACAGCACGUUUCCCCAACUGCGACAAUCCCUGGUCUCACUGAGCAUCAUCGGAUGAUUAUGGAACGACUGGCGGAGACGACAAUUAGGACUGUGACCACGAAUGAUGAAUUGCUAGGAACGUUGGAGGGUUUAGAAAAUAUUAUCCUUGAAGCCUUUUACCACAUUGACAGCGGCAACAUCCGACGAGCGUGGAUCACAAUGCGUCGUGCUGUCAUGGCAGCUCAACUCAUGGGGUUGCAUCAUCCGGGGCAGUAUCGUUUUAAACUCAUCAGCGACCGGAAUGGUCUUGACCCGGCUAUCAUGUGGGCUUGCAUUGUUUCUAUGGAACGUGCCAUGUCUCUGCUUCUCGGGCUGCCGACUAGUACAGGCGAUGUCACUCCCGAAGUGCGAAACACACAUGACAACAUACAUACACUCGUCGUUCAUAUGACGUCCAGGAUCCUUCAUCGCAACCAACUCGACGCCUCUCAACAGUCCACUCGCGAUUUGACCAAAGAAAUCGAUCUAGAGCUCAUUCAGCUGACCGAGCAGCUGCCAUCCUCAUUCUGGCGUCCGCCAGCCCUCGCCGGUCUCGAGAUGGAUUCAGCCGAGGCAUUCUGGGAAGCACGGCGAGCCACUGACCACAUGUGCUAUUACAUGCUGUUAAGCCAGUUGCACCUGCCAUAUGUCCUCUGUCCCAGCCACACCCCGCACGUUAUAUACUCCAGACUGUCCUGUCUGACUGCCAGCCGCGAGAUCCUGGCCCGGCAAAUCGCAAUUCGUACCUUCAACCCAAUUACCGCCUGGUCGCGCAUGGGGGAUUUUCUCGCGCUGACGGCGGGAAUGACGUUGAUGCUGAUUCAUAUUGUUAGCCAUGGCCAUAAAGACGUCGACAACGGCAGCCUACUUAUCCACGAACGCCUACGGGACCGAGCGAGGGUUGAACAAGCUCUAGAUUGCAUGAAGUCAAUGUCGGAGCUGCAUGAAGAUGUGCUCGCCGCAAAAUGCGCUGUCAUGCUCAAGGACCUGUUGGCCAUCGAGGCAGCCGCAGCGCAGGGGCGCCGUGCGUGCAGCGCGGAUAAAGAUGACCGCGCUGAGCUCUCCAUUCAAGUGCCACACCUUGGCAUGGUGAGAAUUGCCCCUGGAGGUAUUACAUUCAUGCCGCAUUCCAAAAUAGGACACAACCUUCACCCCACUGAGGGCGCUGGCGUCACAAUUGGUGGGAUAGGGUCGAUCCGGGUUCAGGGCUUGUCGAGCCCUCCAAGUUCAGAACACCAUACCAAUAACUGCAACUCCGGCGCUACUUGCGAUAUCCCGGCUAUACAUGUACCAACCACAGUCAUCGGCCCACAGAGCGUGGAUGAGCUGCCGCCUACGGAUUACUCCCUUCCAGAAGACCGAAUGUUUCCCGAUGCAGCGGCUGGAAUGGAUGACUGGGUGUUCCAGGGAUUCGACACUGCGUUCUUCGAUACUCUCACACGUGGUCUCGGAGAGCAGCCGUUGGGUGAACUGACGUGA